GAGGUCUCAGAAAUCUCUGAGGUCCCAAAGUUCUGGGAUGUCUUUGAGUUCUCCGAGGUCUCAGAAGUCUUAGAACUCUCAGAGGUCUUCGAGGUCUCCUAGGUCUUUUAUGUCUCAGAGGACUCUGAGAUUUCAGAGGUAUCCGAGGUCUCGCAGGUCUCGCAGGUCUCGCAGGUCUCACUGGUCUCGCAGGUCUCGCAGAUCUCAGAGGCCUCGCAGGUCUAGCAGGUCUCGUGAGUCGAACAGAUCUCAGAGGUCUCGCAGGUCUCUUGAGUCGAACAGGUCUCAGAGGUCUCGCAGGUCUCACAGGUCUCACAGGUCUCGUGAGUCGAACAGCUCUCUGAGGUAUUGCAGGUCUAAUGAGUUGAACAGGUCUCUGAGGUCUCGCAGGUCUCGUGAGUCGAACAGGUCUCAGAGGCCUCGCACGUCUCGUGAGUCGAACAGGUCUCAGAGGUCUCGCAGGUAUCUUGAGUCGAACAGGUCUCAGAGGUCUCGCAGGUCUCACAGGUCUCGUGAGUCUAAUAGGUCUCUGAGGUCUUGCAGGUCUCAGAGGUUGGUGUGAGGGUGCAGUGGCAUGUUUCCAGACUGAAGGGUGUCCGUUGUGAAUCCGAAGAGUGUUUUUAUAAAUGUUCACUGGAUGUUUCUGUUGUUGAUGAAUAAAUUUUGUGAUCUUUAUCUUUCA